AUGUCUGCGAAGAAGGCUGAAGUCAUCCUCGAGAGCGACAAUUACUUUCACUGGGAGUUCGUCAUGCGAAUGACACUGGCGAGAAAGGGACUGACAGCGCCCAUCCAGAUGGUCAAGCCUGAAGCUGAAAUGAUUGAGGCAUGGGCAUGGAUUACGCUCCGUGAGUUCUACAAUCGCACGACCAUGCACAAUGUAGUGACGAUGACCCUCCACCUUCAUGAUUUAAGCAGUCUGCCUGCAGAGUACGAGAUCAUCGCGUCGAUCGUGGAGAACGCCAAGGACGUCACGCUUAUUGAGGUGACGGAGAAGCUGCUCAAGGAGUAUGAGCGACAGGACAAGAAGGAAGCCACGGAACUCGCGCCAAAGGAUACAACGCAUGGGGUCAAAUUGAAGAACGCAAGGUUCGACAAGGGUGGAAGGAACAUUGGACGCAAGGACAACGUCUCGAAAAAGCGAAGUGGGUUCAAAGGCAGGUGCUUCAAGUGUGACAAGUUUGGUCACAUGAAGCGGGACUGCCCGGACAUGAAGAUGCCUGGUAAAGAUUACUAG